UCCUUACACUGACAUAUUUUCAGGCAACAACAUCUACGGGUCAGAGAUCUGCCAGGUUCUGGAGGCAGUGAAGGACAGCACAGAGAGGACAGCCUACAUUCUGAUGGAUAAAAUCCACCCUGCCCCCGUUCACAACUACCUGCUGAGACGAGACGCUCCCCUCAAAAUGAGCACCUGCCUCAGUGAGCUGGGAGUGUUCGGAGCAUAUGUCAGACGGGGUGAAGACAUGGUGAUGAAUGAAUGUGUGGGUCACCUGCUGAGGACCAAAAGUUCAGAACACUCAGACGGAGGUGUAGCGGCAGGAGUGGCCGUGCUGGACAAUCCUCUCCUCAUCUGAGAACUUUAACUCCCACUCCAUACUGUUCAACUGCGAAGAAAUGUGAAAUGAAAUCUGCAUUUUAUUCCAUGUAACAUUUGAUGCUGCAGACAAAUCCACACUAACAGAAUGUGGGUCUCACAUGUCAAGACUGAAGCUGUUAGUGAGUCUGCUUACUGACCAUCAAACUCCAUUAACUGGGAGCAGUCGGAUAAAUGUAAUAAUGGGAUCUGACGUGUUUAUUAUCAGGUUUCUUUCAGAGUACUAAGUGAGUAGUAACGGUCGACUUCCUGUUAUUGUCUUUGAGGGUCACGUCUGUCAUCAGCUGUUGACUUCAUGUCUGUUCAGAAAGGCUGCAGUUCUCUGAGGUUUCCUUCACACUGCGAGCAAAAGGAGACCAAAUCUGAUCCUUUUGCUCAUGUGUCGUGACAAUGGGCCUGUUUACAUGACCAAUAAAAGUCCAAUAACUGGGAAUAAUCAGAUAG